UCUAGGUUUUAAUAUCAAAUCUGAUGGGAAAACUUUGAGAUCGAUAAAGACAGAAAUCUUGGAAGAUCAAAAACUUAAUCUUGUGCGUGGACAACGUGGCAGACCUUUGUUGUCACAUAAUGGUUUUCUUUACGCACAAAAUAAUAAGACACAAGAUUCAAUUUAUUGGUGUUGUCGAACUAAAACCAGAGGUGAAAAGCCUUGUCGCGCAAGAAUCACGACAACACAAAAACCGAAUGGACUUUUUAGAAUUAACAUUACACAACCGAUUCAUAACCAUAGUCAGACGAGUCGUAUUAUUAAAAAGCUUAAGGCCGAAAGAUACUUAAAUGUUUGUUUAGAAAAUUAGAUCGUAAUUUAUUAGAAUAAAAUUAACUUUUACUAAAU